AUGGAAGUUGAAGAAAAUGCUAAUCCGGAAGCGGAGGAAGUUACGUCCGAGGGUCCGGAACAGGAAGAAAUCAUUGAACCAAGCAUCCUGGAAUCCACUGAACGUUUGGAGGUGCUAGAGACGUCAACAUUUUCAUUCGUGCAAGAUGCAAUUAUUCAAUUUUGUCCAUUUCGCGGGGUUAGUUCUAAGUCGACGAUUGUCGAUGAAUCGGAAGAGUUUCCAGAACCAAUAGAUCCGCUUGGAUUACUUGAAGAGGAACCACCGUUGAUUGUACAGAAACGUAACUAUUUACAACUCUACUUGGACGAGAGUCGCAAGUACGGAGUUACACCACUUGGUUAUGUUCGUGAAAUUCUCGAAAAGGUGGAUGAAGGUUCUGAAAAGAUGAUGGAAAUUGAUUUGAACCGUUUUGGUUGCAGUAACCUUCAAGUUCAGAUUCUGUUGGACUGCCUAGCCCAAGCCUGUCCAGAUCGGAUGACCAAACUAAAUCUGGACCACAAUCUACUGAUGAACAAUGCGUUGGCCUGCCAUCUGGCGGAUUUCCUUCACGUAGCGCAAGGGAUUACUGAGCUGAGCAUUGCAAAUUGCCACUUGAACGAUGUCGAGGCGGUAAAAGUGCUGGCUGAAGCAUUGUCAACCUCCAGCGUGCAACGGUUGAACUUAGCAAGUUGUCAACUGGGUGACGCCGGUGGAGCUGUGCUGUUCCGAGCCCUGACCCUAUCCGACAGCAUUCAGUUUAUCGACGUUAGCUGGAAUAGGUUGGAACAUUCGGCCGGCUUUGCAGCCGGUCAGUUUCUUUCCGGUAAUUCCACCCUGGAGGAGUUGAUUUUGGAGGGUAACCGAUUGUAUCUGGAAAAGGAGUGCAUUGUACCAUUUUUGAAAGAGCUGGCGAAGAAUGGGACUCUGAGGAAGUUGAAUCUGGCCUGGAAUGCUCUGCAAGGAGCGUCUUUUGGGAAGGCUCUCUAUAAGGCUUUGAUCGGUAGUGCUGUAGAGGUUUUGAAUUUGGAAAUGAACUGUCUUCGGUCGGAGGAAGCACAUGAUUUACUCAGGGUAUUCCGCAAGUGUGACACGCUUCGGGAGAUCCAUCUCGGUGGGAACUUCUUCGCUGUUGAUGAAAUGAAAGAGCUUGUUAAACAAUUUGCGAAAAAUCCUGUCCUUAAGCUACUGUCGCUAGGAAAAUAUCAGUUCGUAUCGAAAGUUACUGGCCGGCUCUCAAAACGUUUCAUGACCCGAGAUCCAACCAAACAAAUUACUUUCGGUGGCAUUUUGCUGGCAAAUCCUCCCCGUCCGGUUGAUGUGCCGGAGAUGUUACUCGAUCGUUGUCGUUUUCUGGGCUUUAAACCUAAGAAGAAGAAACGCAAGAAGGACUUGGGUCAUCUGAUGUUACAGCUGCAGCGCCUAGAACAGCCUCUAAUAAGCAGGGAAGAUUUUAUUGCCACGAUCAAAAAGUUUCGAAUAAAACUGGACAAAAGCUUGAUGGGAUCACUGAUGGAUACGUUCGGUGACCGUAAGCUGGUCGAUACCGGAGCAAUGGCGAGCAAGUAUCUUGAAAAAUACCCAACGGAACCACCUCCGGUGAAGCAGAAAAAGAAAAAAUCUGCUAAGAGAAAGAAAAAGAACAAGAACGCAAAACCCAAAUAA